AUGAAGAGCACAGUGAGCAUGAGGAUCACAGUGAGCAUGAGGAGCACAGUGAGCGUGAAGAGCACAGUUAACAUGAAAAGUACAGUGAGCAUGAAGAGUACAGAGCAUAGUGAACGUGAAGAGCACAAUGAGCAUGAGGAGCACAGUGAGUACGAAGAGCACAGUGAACUUGAAGAUCACGGUGAGCAUGAAGGUCACAGUGAGCAUGAAAAGCCCAGUGAGCCUGAAGAGUACAGUGAGCAUGAAGAGCACAAGUACAGUGAGAAUGAAGAGCACAGUGAGCGUAUAGAGCACCGUGAGUAUGAAGAGCACAGUGAGCAUGAAGAGCACAGUGAGCGUGAAGAGCACAGUGAUUAUGAAGAGGACAUUGAUUAUGAGGAGCACAAGCACAGUGAGCGUGAGGAGCAUAGUGAGCAUGAGGAGCACAGUGAGCGUGAAGAGAAAUGUGAGCAUGAAGAGUACAGAGAUAGUGACCAUGAAGAGUACAGUGAGCAUGAAGAGCACAGCGAGCGUGAAGAGAACAGUGCGCAUGAAGAGUACAGUGAGAAUGAAGAGCACAGUGAGCGUAUAGAGCACCGUGAGUAUGAAGAGCACAGUGAGCAUGAAGAGCACAGUGAGCGUGAAGAGCACAGUGAUUAUGAAGAGGACAUUGAUUAUGAGGAGCACAUGAGCAUGAAGAGCAUAGUUAGCGUGAAGAGCACAUUAAGCAUGAAGAGCACAGUGAGCGUGAGGAGCAUAGUGAGCAUGAGGAGCAAAGUGAGCGUGAAGAGAAAUGUGAGCAUGAAGAGUACAGAGAUAGUGACCAUGAAGAGUACAGUGAGCAUGAAGACCACAGUGAACAUAAAGAGCAUAGUGAGCAUAAGGAGUAAAGAGACUAUGAAGAGCACAGAGCAUAGUGAACGUGAAGAGCACAGUGAGCAUGAGGAGCACAGUGAGUGUGAAGAGCACAGUGAACUUGAAGAUCACGGUGAGCAUGAAGGUGACAGUGAGCAUGAAAAGCACAGUGAGCCUGAAGAGCACAGUGAGCAUGAAGAGCACAGUGAGCAUGAGGAGAACAGUGAGCAUGAAAAGCAAAGUGAGCAUGAAGAGCAUUGUGAGCAUGAAGAGCACGGUGACAAUGAAGAGAAUAGUGAGCAUAAAAAGCACAGUGAUCAUGAAGAGCAUAGUGACCAUGAAGUGCAUAGUGAGCAUGAAGAGCACAUGAGCAUGAGGAGCAUAUUGACCAUGAAGAGCACAGUGAGCAUGAAGAGCAUAGUUAGCGUGAAGAGCACAUUAAGCAUGAAGAGCACAGUGAGCGUGAGGAGCAUAGUGAGCAUGAGGAGCACAGUGAGCGUGAAGAGAAAUGUGAGCAUGAAGAGUACAGUGAUAGUGACCAUGAAGAGCACAGUGAGCAUGAAGAGCAUAGUUAGCGUAAAGAGCACAGUAAGCAUGAAGAGCACAGUGAGCAUGAGGAGCUCAGUGAGCAUGAGGAGCACAGUGAGCGUGAAGAGAUCAGGGAGCAUGAAGAGUACAAUGAGCAUGAAGAGCACAGAGCAUAGUGAACGUGAAGAGCACAGUGAGCAUGAAGAGAACAGUGAGUGUGAAGAGCACAGUGAACUUAAAGAUCACGGUGAGCAUGAAGGUCACAGUGAGCAUGAAAAGCACAAUGAGCCUGAAGAGCACAUGAGAAUGAAGAGCACAGUGAACAUGAAGAACAUAGUGAGCAUGAAGAGCACAUUGAGGAUGAAGAGUACAGUGAGCAUGAAGAACAUAGUGAGCAUAAGGAGCAUUGUGAGCAUAAGGAGCAUAGUGAACAUUAAGGGCACAGUGAGCAUCAAAAGUAUAGUGAGCAUGAAGAGCAUAGUGAGCAUGAAGAACUCAGUGAACAUGAAGAGUUCAGUGAGCAUGAAGAGUUUAGUGAGCAUGUAG